UUUCAAAAACUCAAAAAGUUGAAUAACAACGCGAAUCCGCAUGAAAUCACGCGAAAGUUUUCGUGCAAUCUUCUUUCAGAAUGCUUGAAUUUUAAAGUUUGCAGUGUCUGAUUAUCACAACAUCAGCACCAUCGUGUGAAAAAAUCCUACAUUUUCUCUUACUAUACCGGCAUGAAAGCAGUAAAGCACCUCAUGUGAUCCUUACAUCGCUCAUGCAUUUCUAACUAAGUACUCUGCGACAGAUCAAGUGUUCUCAUGGUCCUCCCUAAAUGUCAGAAGUUUUCUAUGAUAUAGUUUAUUGAGGCUAUCAUUGCUUCAAUUGAAAGAACUCAGUUUCAUCCAAUGCAUUGAACUAUGGCCAAAGUACUAAAGAAAAGAGCCCUAGCUGAGUACAGUCAUCAAAUAACAACCGAGGUUGAGCCGCCCUUGAAGAAGCUGCGAUUGGUAUCAAAGCCUGUCAUCGAAAACACAGCCACCGUCUACAUUGGUCUUCUCAACAAAUGUAAAACCAGCAAUGAGGCCUUGCAGCUCUUACUACGUAUAUCUGAGUCCUUGCAUUUUCAAGAGGAUGAGGUGUUGCCUGCCAUCAAUCUACUCUUUGAAUACUACCACCAACAAACUAACUCAGCAGUUCGCGUCGUUGUAUUAAGUCUCAUCUGUGAUAUCGCAUCAGACUCCAAAGUCGAUUUGCAGGUUGUGAUAGAGGAUACUCUCAACUCUUUAAAGAAAGAAGAGUCCCACAAAGUCCUGACCCAAGGCCUUUCAACUUUAAUGAAACUCGGGAAGUUGACUCCUGAUAAUGUGUCACUUCAUCUCAAGUUGGUUCAGUUUGCUAAGCAGCAUUUGAACGAUACAAGUUACUCCGUGAAAAACAAAGCAAUGGACUUAAUCGGAGAAUUACAACCACUUGUUGGCAUUUCGGAGUCGAGCGUUCAAGCAACGUUUAAAUUGAUCAUGGACUUCACCCACAGUCAGGAUGCCAGAGUCAGAAGUGCAGCUUUUAACACUGUGAUUGUUCUUCAUGAACGAGGCUUAAAACUGAAACCGUCACAUUACUCAAAUAUCUGUAUAGCCCUGAGAGAUGAUUAUGAGAUCGUUCGGCAAGCUGCGCUCAAACUUGUGUGGAUACUUGGCGUCAAUUAUCCUGAAAACACAAUUGUUUUACCAGAUAGUGAAGAAGAAAUUAGACUGAUUGAUGAUGCUUUUGGAAACAUCUGCACAGCAGUAAAUGACUUGUCUGUCCGCGUGAGAACACAAGCUUGUAAACUCCUUGGCUCUAUGACAGCCGUCAGUUCAAAGUUUCUGCAUCAAACGCUGGAUAAGAAACUUAUGUCUAACAUGAGGAAAAAGAAGUCAGCCCAUGAACGAGAUUUUGAAAAUUUAGUUAGUGGAGAGUGGGCAAGUGGUAACAAAUGGGCGGACGAUAAACCUAGAGAGUUAAUUGAUUCUGAUGCAAUCAGUUUAAUGCGGUCUGGUGCUUGUGGAGCAUUUGUGCAUGGAUUGGAGGAUGAGUUUCUGGAGGUGAGAACAGCAGCUGUUGAGGCUAUCUGCAACCUUGCCCAGGACAACAAUCAAUUUGCGUCAGUCUCUUUAGAUUUUUUGGUGGAUAUGUUCAAUGACGAGAUUGAAGACGUGAGAUUAAUUGCAAUCAACAGUCUUACAAAAAUGUCGCGGCAUAUUGAGCUGCGAGAGGACCAGUUAGAAACUGUUUUAGGAGCUUUAGAGGAUUUUUCAAUGGACGUUAGAGAAGGUCUGCAUUUGAUGUUAGCAUCUUGUCGUCUCUCCACGAAAGAUUGUCUACAAAUGUGCGUGGAUGGUCUUUUGGAUAACUUGAAGAAGUAUCCUCAGGACAAAAAGUCAACAUGGCAUUGUUUGCAGAAAAUGGGCUCAAAACAUCCAACACUUACCUUAUCUCUAGUCCCUUCCUUGUUAGCCAUCCAUCCCUUUUUCGACAUGCCAGAACCCAAUGUGGACGAUCCAGCCUAUAUUUGUAUAUUAAUUCUUGUUCUUAACGCUGCACAACAUUGUCCGCCAAUGCUGCAAUUGUUCGAAGAAAAUACGAUCAAGCAUUAUAGUUACCUAAGGGAUACAAUGCCAAACCUUGUGCCUCAGUUGAAAUUCAAUGUUUCUCUUCAAUCCUCUGAAUUGAAGUCAGUGGAAACAGCAACUUCCCAAUUUUUGGAAUCUUUAUUGAGCAAAAUAGAGGCAGCACCUUCGAAUGGAGUGCGGACAGAGCUCCUUGGUGCUGCGGAAAGAGAUUUGGAUCGCUUGUCGCAAAUAGAUUCAGCGGUAGCAGGUUCGGCAAGACUGAGCGCCCUUUUCAUCUCUUCGCAGCUGCUCUUCUCAAAAAUCAUCAAUAAUAACAUGUUCUGCUCCAAUUCCAACACAGCUCAGCAGACCAAUACUGUCAAGAAUUGUAUGACUCGACUGCUGCAAAACGCUUUGAAAUUAGAGCAUUGUUUUGUUGGAUUAGAUGAACAAAGACUAGCACUGGUUAAACAAUUUAAGCUAAAAGUUUUAGCGUUACACUUGGUCUAUAUUGUUCGGGCAACAAAUCAAUCAGCCAGAGCUCUAACGCAUUUCUUCCUGUCCCAAGUGGACAGGAUACACAAGGAAUUGACGGAGCAAAAGAUAACCCCGGAUUCUUUUACCGCUUUAAUUUUUAAGGAACUGUCAAAAUUAGAGGAAACCAAACCUGGAGCUGUUGCUCGUUGUUUGCAACCUCUCCUUCAGAAGUUCACCCCUCAGUCUCCUCCAAACCCUGAUAAAAAGAUUAAAAUGUGUAGCGUAGAAGUAAAUAGUCCCACAGGAGGUGCAGACAAUGUUCUUAAAUUCACCGCAGGUCUAAUAAUGGGUGUGCCCUUAGACGCUGACCUUUACAAUGUUCCAACACCUAACUUUUUGCGCCUGCGUUUGAAAUAUCCUGACCAACAAACUCACCUCAUUGUUCCUAGACCAUCUCAUUUAAGGCCAGUACCUGAUGACGAAGGCUCUUAUCGCUUAGUAACCACAGCUUUAGUAUCUCAUCAAGUCUGGACAGAAGCCAGUGCGGUGGAACUAAGUGUUGUUUUAGACUUAUCUGAAAAGGACUCUGUCUUGGGUCCUGUUUGUAUAAUUGAUUUGUGCAAGCCAAUCAAACUCUAUGUUUCUCCAAAACCAGUGAAAAGAGGAAUUUAAAUUAUCAUAAUUUUUGUCAAUACCAGUACUUCAGGUAUGAUCUAUUGUUUUUUCCCCUUCACUAUUUUUAAUUUUAAAAUUACUAUCAAAGGAAUAAGAAAUGUGAUUCUUAA